GUGUGGCGGCGGGAGCUGCCUCGCGGCACGGCCGGGUUGGGCCAUGGAGGUGGCGCGGGACUGCGUGGGCUCGGUGCUGAGAUCUUUGGUAUCUGUGGGAGCGUCUGUGGGAGCAGCAACAAAACAGACCCUGUUCCCUCCCCUCAUGCCUGCAGGGAGACCUUUCCGUGUAUCGAAUGCCUCCAGAAGCAGCCGGAAAGGAAUUGUUGCAAGCAGCCUGCAAGAACUCAUCAGCAAGACUUUGGAAGCCUUUCUUAUAGCUGCUGGCACGAUUACUCUGGUUUUGGAAGAAGAUGGCACAGUUGUGGACACAGAAGAGUUCUUUCAGUCCCUGGAUGAUAACACACACUUCAUGGUUCUAGAGAAAGGACAGAAAUGGACACAAACCAGAAAUGGAAUUGUCCCUGCAAGACAAAAGAAGAAAAUGGGAGUAGCUAACAUCACAUUUGAUCUCUACAAGCUGAACCCUAAGGAUUUUAUUGGCUGCUUAAAUGUGAAGGCAACCUUCUAUGAGAUCUACUCAGUGUCAUAUGACAUCAAGUGUAUGGGAGCGAAAAGUAUAUUGCGGAAGGUGCUUCAGAUGAUAUCCCACAUGGCACAAAUAACUGGACAGUUUCUCCUCUAUACUGGAACAUACAUGUUGCAUUUGAUGGGUGAAUAUGAUGAAGAUGCCACUUGUACAAGAGCACAGCACAAGUAGAGACUACAGCAGCACUUCUGAUAUUGGAUCCUUUUGUUUAAGGAUGGUCUCUUGCCCAAAUUUGAAUGUAAUGAUGUUUUAGUAGGGAGAUAUCCACUAAGGUGAACUAACAUUUUUUUUCCCCGUUUGGGAAUGCUUAUAGGCCUUAGUUGUAAAGUAAGUGUUUGGUGUUCGUGGGUUCUUAACACAGCAAAAGGAUGGGUGCCUAAUGACUGGGCAAAAAAAGAAGAGAGGGGCAGAUUUUUACCCCAGCAACUCAGUGGAAAAUAAGAUUAUUUGGAAACAUGUGCUUUGUGGAUCAUUUCCUUGUGCUGAUCAAAACAUGGCUUGUUUUCUUUGUGGCUGUCUACUUGCCUUUUGAACAGACAGGGCUGUCCUUUUUUUUUUUUUUGUUUUGUUUUGUUUUGUUUUAUCCUUAACACUGCUGGUGUUAGUGUCCAGCUGGCACUGGGUACAUAAAGCUGAAGUGUACUUAUUUUCUUUUUCAAGUAAUGGGAAUAUACAAUACAACUGGUUCAGUGACAAUACUGUCAUGAAGUCUCAUUCAACAAAGCACAAUUACUAUGCAGAAGCUUAAAAUUUAGCCUUAUUUCCCUUAAAACAAGUAAACGUUCUGUAUAGCUACUUGUGUUGUUCUUCAAGUCUAUAGGAAGUUCUGGCUAAUAUAGUUUAUACCAGUUGAAAAGCAUUUUUUUUUUUUUUUACUAUGUGUGAUGUUCCGCUCUGCCCUAAUGCAUUGAGUAACUUGUCAUAGAUCCAUCCAUAUGGCUUACAGAAAACCUUCUGAAGAUUCCUUCAGGGGUUAAACCUCCAAUUCUGUAAUUUUUGCUCUUCAGCUAUGCAUAUAGAUAACACUACAUUCCAAGCUGCACUUGAAAUGUUGGAUUUUGAUGCCCCUGUGUUCGAGGGGAACAGCAGGACCUUACCUACUGUGUAACAUAUACUCAAAACUGGGUAUUUGCAGUCUUAGUCUCUAAUACAAACUAUAUUAAAGGAAAAAGUUUUUAACCUUUGGAUAUAAUUGUCCAAAAAGCUUUAUACAGUUUAGUGAACAGACUGGUUUUUGGAAAGGAUCUCCUUGACUGUGAAGGCAAAUGGGAAAACAAGUAGUGGUAGGCAGUUGUGACAAAAUACAGACACUGUUGUUGAAGGGGGAAUGUUCAACUCCUGUUGUUCAUAGUUGUGGCUUCUGAGGUUUUUAUUUGCUUUCUUAUGAUGAAUUUUAAUAAGUUACAUUAUUAAGACUGAAAGCCAUUAAGGAGAUAACAUGCAGGUAAAUAUUCUGAUUGCAAGUGCCACUCAGGAAGAGAAACUGUGGUGACAAGGAAGAAAAAAAGUAGGAGUGGAAGGACUGACAUAAGCUCCAGGGUGCUUGCCUUGCUUCUGCAGAGACAAAAGUCCUUUAACCACAUACAUCAACUGCACUGAUUAGUUGGAGGAAAACCUGAUGUGCUAAAAGAAGAACAGAUGGAUUGAGAUGACCAAGCAUCAUGUUUGGUGGGAUCCAUUUUAUCUGUAAGCUGGAUCUCUUUACUUCAAAUGUUACUAGUACGUGGGAGUAUUGCUCACAUUUAUCUGCCAGGUUCACUUUCAUAUGCUUUUUUUUGCCUGCCUUUUAUGGAUCUGAUUUUUAGCCAGCUGGAGCUGCAUCCUUCAAAUCAGUGUUGUGUGAAAAGCAGCCUAAAAUCGAUCUUAAGGACUAACAGACAUAAGUCUGCUAAGUCUCUACCUGUCUCUUCAGUAAUGGUUUACAAAUGAGUAGACAGCUAAGGAAGAAACUUUGUGGCUUUUUUUUUCCCGAUUUGUUGUUUCCCAUACGCUUCUGAAUAUUUGCUGGAGGAAAGAGGGGUGGUGAGGCACGCAGCUCCAGGCAAGAGGUGGACUGGUUUAUUUUACUCAUUUUUUCCCAUGGAAGAGUGUCUGCACCUUGCAACACUGUUAGGUUUCCUUCAGGAGAAAACAGACUACUCAGCAGGUGAUGAGAGAGAGAUUAUGUUAAAAUGAAGACUUUAUCUAUAUUGUUCUUUCCCCCAUUCCUACCAUGAUUGUUACUGUGGUAAAUGUUGGAAUUUUUCUACCCCCUAUCAAGAAACUGCGCUUAGCUGAUGUAGUGCAGGGACUCUUUCAGCUUUGAAGGACCAUUUAUUGCAUUUAAACGAGCCCACCUCAAACAUUACAUUACAUGUAGAAAACUUUCUAGGAAUAUAUACAUUGCUAAUGGUGGAAGCAUCAAUGUAGGAAAAAAGCAAACAAUAUACUUGCAUAGUUCAAUAUUGCAUUCAUCUGCUUCUUAAACUUUCUACAAUUUGAAGGCUUUUGCAAGUCCGAACCACAUCGAUCUCAAAUUCUGUCCUCCUAAAGCCAGAGGCAGUUAUCACAAAGCUAACACUCCGUAGUUUCCAAUGGUGUUACUGUAGGACUAAAAGGCUAACUCAACAUGAAUUUGCAAUGUUUUUAAGCAGCUGUUUCUCUGGCAGGCUAACACUUAAUGCUUGAGUUGCUGAAGGUCAUAUGAGCUGCAAUCUCCACUGUGGUUCAAAUGCAAACAGCUGAAGAAAGUAGCUUGACUGAUAUUUUCUCAGGGUGGGAGAAGUGUCUUGGAAAGUUUGGAGUUUGUGGAAUUACUCCAUUGUUUCUGAAUCUGGAUUUUGCCACAGAUUUAGUAUUUAGAAGAUAUUUGCUGCUGUACCAACUGUUCUCCAGAGAAAGCUACAAAAAAUAAAAGCACAGACUCUUCUUUGCCAGUGUGAAGAAGUGAAACUAGCUUUUCUACUUGGUGUUUUUAUUUAUUAUUUUUUUUCUUUCCCAGAGCCCUGUUAAUCUGCACUUGUUACUGUUGCAGGCAAAGCUGGUAACACUAAAAUUUCAAAAGCAUGAAACAUGUUUUUUCCCUCCUUGCUUGCCCUGACCCUCUUUCCCUGUUGCUUUGCAUCACUUACUAACAAUGCACCAAGUCGUACUCUGUAGUUACCAAAAAAGGAAUUUUCACUGAAGUACUGGAUCUUGUUGACUCAGGCACUGCUCAUGCUCUGCAGGCAAAACAAAGCUGCUCUUUUCAUGACUAGGAUGAAGGAUCUAAUAGCUUUUCUGUGUGUGUAUAACUUACUACUUAAUUUCCUUCCUUUCACAAACUCACAGAGUAGUUGCUUUCUUGCACUUUCCUAUUCUUUCAAGAGAAAUAGGAGUACAGAUUCUUCUGCCUGGGGGAGGGGGUAAGGCAGGGUCUAAAUUCCUUAGAGCAUUAGGAAUAUGCGGUAGGAAAUACCCCAAACCCUUAUCUGUAGGAAAGGGAGGGGUUGAAGAAAGGAAAACAGGACUUUGCGCUGGAAGCUUUUUCAGCACAGUAGGGAGGUAGGCAUUAACUAUUUAGGAAAUGUUGGUAAUUCUAAAUGUGAACAUAAGAUUGUUUGUAAUGGACUAGAAUUAUAACUCUGAAUCAUUUCAGCAUACUUCUUAGAGAGGUAGAACUUGAACUAAAGGCACAAACUUCUUUAAUUAAAGUUUAAAGUCAAAGCACAAAGGAGUUUGAACUUAAUGCUUCAUUACUGGAGGUAUUAACAUAAUUAACAGUGUACUUCAGUUAUAGUAAUAAUCCUUGUGGGGUUUAACAUUUAUCGCUAUUAUCGCUACUUUCUAUACUUUGCCAUAAAAUAUUUAUGAACAUGAGAAUUGAUGUUUUGCUAAAGGAAAAGAUAAUAUUUUACCAUUUCAAAACUAGAACACGGUAGUUUAACUUGCUAUGGAAACUGAGAUGGGUGAGAGUGAUGUGAGUGAUGGCAAUAUUUUCUGAUAUAUGGUGCCAAUUUUGAGGAAAUGCAUAAAUGUCCAUGAAUAAAGUUAAAUUGUGGCUUUGGA